AUGGAUAAGAGUUGGACUUCUAAUAAGAACAGACUAUCUACCAAGUUUAUCAAUGGAUUGAAGAACUUCAUUACAUUAUCAAGAGAUCACUUGAAUGAUGAGAAUAAGAUUCGAUGUCCAUGUGUCAUGUGUAUGAAUUUAUACUUUCAUGACUUGGAGACAGUUGAGCGUCAUAUCUUCGUAAAAUUAUUUUAUACCCACUAUGUUAAAUGGGUACAUCACGGGGAGAAUAUUGUAGAUGAAAGUGAUGGUGAGGAUGAUGCUAAUGAUUUCGAUGAUCUUGAAGAUGUUGAUGAUCUUGAUGAUGUCGAUGAUGCUGAAGAGAGUGACAAUAAUUACACUAGUGAUGAUGAUAUGAUCCCAGCGAUUGAAGAUUUAACUCAACAAGACCCUACAAAGAGUAGUUUUGCAAACUUUGGGGAUUCAACUCACCGAAAAGAGAAGGGGCAAAAAUUUCAUAACUUAUUUGCUGAAGUAGAAAAAGAGUUGUACCCUGGAUGUAAAAAGUUCACAAGAUAUGAAGCAAUUCAUGUAUGUGAGCAUGAUUGUUCCUUAUAUUGGAAAGACAAUAAAGAUGCUGAAAAUUGUCAUAUUUGUGGUCAUGAAAGAUAUAAGUUUAAAGGAACCAAAGGCAAGAAAAUACCACAUAAAAAGAUGCAUUAUUUUCCUAUAACUCCACAUUUGCAACGACUUUUUAUGUCAAGACAUACAUCAUCAGAUAUGAGGUGCCACAAAGAAGAACGUGUUGAUACUGAAGGUGUACUUAGACAUCCGGCAGAUGCAGCGGUUUGGAAGGAUUUUGAUAAGCAAUACCCCGAUUUUGCUAAAGAACCUCGAAAUAUUAGGUUAGGAUUUGCAACUGAUGGGUUUAAUCCUUUUGGUGAUUUAUCAAACUCGUAUAGUAUGUGGCCAGUAAUACUGAUGCCAUAUAACAUGCCGCCAUGGAUAUGUAUGAAACGAGAAUUCUUAAUGAUGUCAUUACUAAUUCCUGGGCGUCGUGCUCCCGGUAAGGAUAUAGAUGUCUAUUUACAACCUUUAAUCGAAGAGUUAAAAGAAUUGUGGGAGAAAGGGGUACAAACUUUUGAUGUUGUCGACAAAACAUACUUUAUCAUGCGUGCUGCUAUAUUAUGGACAAUUAAUGAUUUUUCUGCAUAUGGCACUGUGUCUGGGUAUAGCACUUGA